AUGUCAAACGAAAAUGGAGUCAGUUUAAUGCAGUAAUAUAAAAAGUGUUAAAAGAUUAACUAAGAGCACUUAAGAUAAGCAAAGAACAUUGAAGAUCUAAUUAACAUCAAGAUUGAAACAAUCGAUAAGCAAUUAGUCAAUAAGGAUAAUACUUACAACUUUUAAUAUGAUCCAAUUUAAUUCAGAUAGUAAAUUCCCUGCAUGGGAGAUCGAGCCUUCCUGAUAAAUUAAGCUAUUCUAUAGAAAAGCUCAUAAAAAUAAAGAUAUGCGCCAUCGCUUAAGGAUAAUAGCCAGAAUGUAUUUAGUGGAAACUAAACAAAAAGAGAUUUGACCAACUUUGCCCAUGCAGGCAUGCAGAUCGAGGAGUUUUAGAAUAGUGUUGAUCCCUCUUCUAUGAAAAAUAUAGAGCCAUCCAUUAAAUCUCAUGCCUAAACAGAAGUGAUUACUCAAAAAUAAAUCGAUUCUGAUUCUAAUGAAGAAAAGGACCCAGUUCAAAUACUGAAGUCCAUUUUUAAAAAGAAGGAAUUUAAGAAGAGGACCUUAGAAGCAAAUCAGAUAGCCAAUAAAUAUCGUAAGUUACAACUCAAGGAAUAACAAAAGGAAGAAAAGAAGCUUAAUUAGAAGUUCUUGAAUUAGAAAAAGUUCCUAGAAGACUAAAUGAAUAUUGAUAAGAAUAAUCAUCAUAGAUAGGAGAGUCAAGGUCAUCCGCUUAGAGUCUAGGAUGAUGACUUGAUGAAUUCAUAGUUUAUCUCAGAAAAUACUGCUCACAACAGAACUGAGGAUUUAACCCAGUAAUCACUUCAAAAGCAGCAUAAUUAUCCAGUUCAUAAGCAAUUAGAUCAUUAUUAACUAGUUUCUUCCAAACAGGAUGGAAUGACCUUAAAGGAAAGAUUAGAUCAUCUCAGAAAAAUGUUUUAAGAGGAAGAGGAGAACAUUAAUUAUGAAGAUGAAGGGAUAUAGAGUUACGAUAAUAUCGACACGAAAAUUUUAAAGACUAUGAAGCCUAGAAAAGAAAAUAAGUAGGGUCCACAGUCAGAAGACACCAGUGUUAAUGUAAGUGAGACUGAAGGUGAUAGAGAAGAUCUCAAGAGCUUCCUGACAAAUAAAAUCCAAGAAAUCAAGAAACGAAUGAACUAGCAGCAUCCCAACUUUGAAACUGAUCUUAGAGCAGCUCAAAAGUAUAAAGCCUCAACACUAUGUAAGAUUUAAGCAGUCAAGAAUUUGGGCUAUGAAAAGCUUGAAGAAAAUUUUAAAAACAGAAUGAAUAAGACUGGAAUCGAUUAUGCUUUCAGAAAUGCAAUGCUAAACCAAGAGAAGAAACAGCAUAAGCAACUAACUAGAGACAAUGAAAGAAAUCUAGAGUUGCUAGCUGAACAUAAAAGGUAGACUAUGACGGCUCCUUAUAAGAAAAGAGCUGAGUCAGAGCAUAAGAGCAGCAGCAACAACACAACUGCUGGCGCGAAGGAUAGAAAUUAUGUGUUCGCUUAAAUCAUGAAAAUAGAAAAAAUCAAUAAGGAAACCGAAAAGAAAAAUAAAGAUAAAAAGGAUGAAAUUAAAAAUACAGACAUUAUGAAAAUAAUUGAGGAAACUAAGAAGGAAAUGGUCGAAUAAGAUUAACUUGAAAAGAUGGCUUAUGAGUAUGCUUAACAUUAAGAGCAGCUGCUCAUUUAAGAGAUUCUGUCAUAGUAAUAACUAGCGAUUGUACAUAAUAACCAUCCAUUGACUUCUGAGAGCUAUCACAGACAAAGAACAGAAGACUACACUCACUAAAUUGUAUCAAAAGAAGCUUCUUCAUUUGUUAAGUAAGAUACUGAUCCUAAUAGAUCUGAGUAUUAAAGUGAUAUAACCCCACCAAUGGCUCCAACUCAGAUUCAAGCCUAAGUCAGUCCAAUAAAUUAAAUACCGAAUAAAAUCACAGUCAAGAGAUAGCAACCCAGAUAUAAAAAUGGAGAGAGAAAUCAAUAAAAUGACUAUAUAAAUCGCUAAUUAGAUCCUUAAUCUCAGGAAUUAGGAAUAAUUUUCAAGCCUGAUAAUGAUUAUCACACAGACACCGAGAUUUUAAAUAAUGGCUUGAGGACCCAACCCAAACUAACUAGGCCUACUUCUUAGUUCAUCAAAAGAUUUCAGAGGAACUAAUCGGCUAAGAGGAAAGACAAUGAUGAUGAUAAGAUUACCUAUUAGUAAAUGAUGACCACCAAGAAACUAGAAUUCCUGCAAUCAGACUUGCAUCCUAUUAUGGAAGAUGCAGAUUCAAAGCUAAGUUUGUAUAACUUCUCUCCAAGAAGAUUCAACAGAUACCCGAGAUUUACCAUUUUCCUAAAGAAGGGUGAAAACAGUGCAAAUAACAAGUUUGUCGUCGAAAACACUGUGAGCUUGAAUCCCUAGUUCUUGGCAUUCUUAAUGGACAAUCAGAAAUAUGCAUCUAUUAAAAAUGCUUCUGACAUUGGAUAAGCUGCUUUUCUUGAAGAGCAUACUAGGGAAUAGGGUAUAUUGAUUAAGAACGAGAGGUCAAAUGAGAUAUAAAAGAUAGAUCCUUUCGAGAAAGUCAUUCUAGUUAAAGGAAUUGAUAACUCUAUCCUAACCUCAUUUAGAACAUUGAGAAAAUAAAACAAUCUCAUAAGUGAUACUUUGAAAGUUAUUCAUAACAAAUUUUAGCCAAUAAGAAGUAAGCAUUCAGCAUUCAAACAGUCUGAGAAAAGCAUGGUGGACAAAAUGCCUUACCCUUUAACUGACAACGAAGAAGCAAUAGAGGCUGCUAAUGCAAGAUUAAUAGCUUAAAAUUAUAGAUUCUAGGCUGAUAUAGGAGUUGGUCUUUCUGGAAGCAGAGAGAAUACAUAUAAUGAUGAAAAGCUCCCAACUAGUAUAAUUGGAAUGGAACACUCUGUAGAUUUAAUGCAUAUUGUUCAGAAUAAUGACCUAAGCACCGUGAAUUCAAAUCAGAGACUUCAAAUAUUUGAAGAUAUUCAGUAAAAUCCAGCAAUUUAGAAGAGAGAUAUUAAUACAGCAAACUUGGAAUCAUAGAUGAAAUCCCAAAGUAGUACAAAUGCUAUUAGAAGGGAGAGAAGUGAAGACAAUAAGCUCGGUAAUUUAGGAUUUAGAAAUAGUGCGAGACAAAAUUACAAGCUUCCUAAGUUAAGCUACAGAAAUAGAGUAAACGAAGAACAGGCACAUCAAGAAUACUACAACAAUAAAAAACUGGUUCAUCAGGGUGAGUCAAGGCAACUUACCGGACAUUAAGAUUCUCUGAUUGAGUCUUAAGAGGAUCACACCCUGAGUGAUGUUAUUCAGGGUUAAAAGUACUCAUCAAAAGUUAUUAAUCAGUUUCACAUUCCGCAACAGUAAAUUAGUCAAGAUUAGUAGAGUCUUUAUUUUGGCCCAAAUUCUCCAUAUCAAGCAACUUUAACCUAGAACAACACAUUUUAGCUGUCAUAAAAUGAGGCUCCUCAAAAGAUAAGAGUUUAAACCAAGUAUAAGAGAAAUAAAAAUCUGAAUGAGGACAUGAAAACAUAAGAGGAUUAAGAAUUAACUGAAGGAGGAAAAUCUCCAAAGAGUAGGGAAAAGAAAGAGAUAAUCAUAUUAUCAAAAAUAGAUCCGAUGACUUAAGCUUUCCCUGAGUCAAUCAUGACCAACCCUCCUACUAUCAAUAACUCAGUUAUUUACACCAGUGUUGCUUCUAAGAGACGCAAUCCAUUUAGAUCUCUUCCAAAUAAGAAUAAAAGCAGAAUCAUUAGGCCAGAGUUAAUAAACGCUGAUUUAGCUUAAGAGACGGAAAAUCUCUUCAGCUCCACUACCUUCGGGGAUUAGCAAAGGCAGGCAAGCACAGCUAAAAUUCAAAGAAAGACAGGAAACUUUGACUUUAAUUAUAAGAGUAAAAACCAAAGCAAGGUGAGCAAGAGCUCUAAUUAGAAUAUGUUUAAAUAGCACUAGGUACUCCCACCUCUCCUUUAAAAUUAGCAAAUGUCAGCCUAGUACAAUUAGACGCUUUAGCAGCUAUAGACUCCAUAGAAUAACAAUUACAAUUAGAAUGGGCACUUCUACAAUAAAAAUCAGAUGCAGUUGCCAAUGAAUAAUGUAUCUAAGAUAAAACAGGUCAUUGAUGACUUGUAUAGCAAGGAAAAGAGAUAUACUAAGCAAUAUGCCCGAGACGACUACUUGUAAUCUCAAAAUCCUAUCUUCAACCUGAAUAAAUACUACAACCUUUAGACUUAGACUAAAAUUGGAAGGCAGAAUAACGAAAGAAGGCCUAUUCCUCCUGUAAUGGCUACAGGAAAUCUAAGAAUAGGUAGAGAAGAGAUUCAUAAUCAGAUGAGGUAGGCUGAGAUCAUGAUUCCAAAUCAAUAUGACUACGUAAUGACGACUGAAGGGGGAGCUUCAAUUUAUAAAAACUCAACAAUGACCAAUGAUCAUAUGAUGAAUGGAGUCAAUAUUUGA